AUGGACGUUCUCAACUCGCUCUUCAUGUACUACCGAAACACCUCCAUUGUGCCGCAGUUUACAGUCUUCAGCAAGACCAUGGACCCGGUGACGUCGGCCAUGACGGAUGGAGGCUUUGGUCAGGAACUUUUGCCCACUAUGACAUUUUCGGACUAUCUGGUGAGUCGUGAUGGUCGUGUGGAAGUAAAUACAACUAAUUGGAAGAAGAACAGGCAAAACGAAAAUGGUGGUGGCGACAUGCCUUCUACGACAGACAAGGGCGCAAUCGAUGUUCUCUUUGUCCCUGGCGGAGGAGGGACUCGUAGAGACAUGACUGAGGAGAUCAACUUCGUCAAAGCCACAUACCCAAACCUCAAAUACAUCGUCUCCGUCUGCACCGGCGCCACACUCCUCUCACGCGCAGGCAUUCUCGACGGCCGCAAGGCAACCACGAACAAGGCUGCCUGGCCUUGGGCAACAUCGACCGGCCCCAACGUUGACUGGGUGCCGACUGCGCGAUGGGUCGAAGACGGCAACAUUAUCUCGACCAGUGGAGUUUCUGCGGGUAUCGAUGGAACUUAUGCGUUUGUCAGUCGCGUGUAUGGGGAAGAGGUUGCGCAUUUCUUGAGUUUGGCGUUGGAGUACAACCGUGAGACGGAUGCGCAUCAUGAUCCUUUUGGGAAGAUUUGGGAUGUUCCGGGUGCUACUUAG